AUGCAAGCAAAUACAGUAUUUGAUGCUUACAACUCCAUGAUAAAAGUUGAAAACUCAAGUUCUUCUGUGAAGAAAACAUUUCAUGGUUUUCCUUCCAAUCGGCCGCUUAUCAUUGCUCACAGGGGAAGCUCAGGUAUGCGACCUGAACACACAGUAGCAGCGUACCAACUAGCAGUCGAUCAAGGAGCAGACAUCAUUGAAUGUGAUUUAGCUGUUACUAAGGAUUUGAAGUUGGUUUGUUCUCAUGAUGCGUAUCUGAAUGACACGACAGACAUUCACCAUCAUUCUGUGUUCAAGAACAGAGUGACCACUUACACCAUUGGUGGAAAAACAAUCACAGAUUAUUUCAUUAAUGAUUUUACUUUGGCAGAAUUAAAGACUCUUAAAAGGGUCCAGAAUCGACCUUACAGAGACCAAUCUUACAACGGUUUGUUUCAAAUUGCAACAUUUGAUGAAUAUGUGGCAGUGGCAAAAUUUGCAACAACUGGAGACCGAGUUGUUGGUAUCUACCCAGAAACAAAGAAUCCAGUCUUCUUUAACCAAUUCCUUGCUAUCAACAACACAACCAUGGAAGACCUGCUGCUUGCUUCACUGUACAAGCAUGGAUAUACAUCUGCUGACUCUCCCUGUUUUGUACAGUCGUUUGACGAGCAAAGUCUACUAUACAUGGCCAACCACACCAAGUUACCACUCAUCUAUUUGACCAGCACACGACCCAGCAGUGAACAUCUGAACCAACUCUCUACUUUUUGUUACGGAGUUGGCGUCUCAAAAAAUAUAAUCGUUCAAGUGGAUCCCACCACCAAUGAAAUCGUCACAAAUACCAAUUUUCUAAAGACAGCUCAUGCUAAGAAUCUAAAGGUCCAUGCCUUUACUUUUCGAAACGAACAUCAAUUCCUUGCAUGGGAUUACGGAUGUGAUUCUUACAGAGAAUAUGCAAGAUUCACUGAGCUUGAACUGGAUGGAUUUUUCACAGAUUACCCGUGGUCACUCGCAAACUUUCAACAAGGAGAUUGA